CUCAGUCACUCAGUCACUCCCUGCCUCGCUCUUCUACUUUUGUACACUUCUCAUUUGUUCGUCUUCUGAGCUGCCUAUCUUUGCUACAUCAGAUCUCCCUACUCAGCCCUGUGCUACCGUCGAGUUCGUUGUUUCGCUGGCCACUGCAAUUGUGCGCAGCCUCGUUUUCGCUGGCCUGCCGAGAACCCCCCCCCUCGCUGACAGUUUUCUGCAUCGUGCCAAUCCUUCCACAGGAACGCUGUCAGCCACGAUUACGAAAACCUCGGCCUUUCCAUGCAUCGAAAUAUAAGCUGAUCACGGAGGUGGAAGAUUAGAAUAUAAGUACAAUGACUGAGAACCGAUAUCGUCCUGCAUCGCCUCGGCGCAGCGCCUACCCCGAUCCUCGAGCAUCCACCGGCAUGGUGUAUUCCUCCUCGUUCGAUACUCGCUUCUCAUCUCAGCCACGAACAGCCCUCGAUCCUUAUCAGAGCACACGCCACGGAAGCUACAGCACGCAAGGGGUCACGAGCAGAACCUUCCUGGACGACGCUCAUCCCGGUAGAGGUCCAGUGGUCCGCACAGAAUAUGCUGUUCGCCCGAGAAACAACUCGUCUGUCGGCUCAGAAUCACGACGCCCUCUGAGUGCAUACGUUGCCAGACCUGCUUCGCCUCCUCGAGUGCGCCCUGUCAUCAGUGUGGCCCGGGAUGAUCCGCGAAGCCCAGUUUUACCGCCAGCAAGAGAAGAGCGCUUUCUGGUACCAGCAUCUUCACACGCUGGACGACACCAUCAUAGGCAUUCUAGCGCCACACGUGCCGAGCAGGAUCGACUUGGGUACGUGAGGGCCAACAGACAGCCUGAAUACCAUCGUCGCGGUGGCUACAAUGCAUACCCUUCAUACACUCGAGAUGCACCAUUACAGGAAAAUGGAUUCUCAUACACCACACCCAAAGAACAGUUUCUUCAAGAAUCGUCCCGGCCACUUCAGAGGCGCGAACCGUUACAAGAAGACGGAUACUCUUACACCACACCCAAAGAACAAUUUCUCCAAGAAUCGUCACGGCCAGCUCAGAGGCGCGAGAGCUUCGGUCGGCGAGAGCGCCCCAUCAGUACCAUUGGCGUGCCAGAGUAUAGACAGUCGGUGAGACGAGAUCUCGGCCCACCUCCUUCUUCCUCUCGUGCUCUAGACAGAAUCGACCGAACUGAUGGGGUGAGACACUCAAGUUCUCGUGUAAAUGAAUCUGACGAUCGUACGGGAGAUAUCCCUCGACGUCACUCUUCAAUGCGGACUCCAGUGCUACACCACUAUAGGGACGAUAACUACGUCGCAGGAAGAGAGGAACGCGAUCCCCGGCUGCCACCCAAGCCGAGAUAUGAUCGGUACGAAGAGGAUGAUAGAAGCCACAAACACAAGCAUCGCGAGGAGAGGGAGAGGGACGCGCCUCGUGAUACUGAUCCACGUCGAGAAAGAGAAAAAGACCGCGACCGCGACCGCGACCGCGACCGCGACCGAGAUAGAGAAAGAGAAAGAGACCGUGACAGAGACAUGGACCGGGAACGAAUUCGAGAAGGCGACAGAGCUGUCAGAGGUCCAGAUGAUCGUCGCCAAGAGAGAAGUCGUGACCCAAGUCCCGAGCAGCAAUCCAGCGUCCGCAAGCACUUGCCGACUGUUGCUGCUGCUGCUGUCGGAGCCGGAGUAGCUGGGGUAGCUGCUAAAAAAUCUCGCAGCCCUAAUGAAGGUUCUGAUAGUGAUGAGCACAAGGAUCGAAAGCAUCGGAGAAGGCGACACCACCGCAAUGGCGAUGAUGCUAGCCCAGAUGAGGUGGCCGAUAGGGCUGAACGCGACCCGAAACUGGUAGAUGGCGAUCGUCGUGAGCGCCGUAGGGAAGAGGUCAGGACAGAAGAGCCUGUUGCAGAAGCCCGAGACGAAAGACACGAACGACGCCGGCAUCAUCGUCACAGACACAGGGAUAAACCAGGGCAAGACAAUGAGUCUGACACCACAGAAGACUCGGCUGGGCCUGAAUCUCGUCCACAGCCCCGCUCCGAUAAAGACAGGAAUGGCGAAUUACGUGAACCUUCUAGACGUCGGGAACGAGCCUCCUCUCGUGACGCUGAUCGAGACGGCCAAGCACUACAGCCACGGACAAUGUCCCCUGGAGAAGAAGAUGACGGUAGACCACGACGUGUCCAGCUCGUCGAGCCGGUAGAGAAGAAGGAAGAAUUCAAGCCCAAAGGCAUUCUCAAGCCUCCUCGUGAGGUUCCGUUCCCUGAAGAUCCCAAUCCUGAGCGAGAGGGUGUGGCUCCUCUAAAGGAUGCCAAAAAGGAUGGGAUACCAGCCAACGCACGAUGGACCAAGAUCAGUCGAGCGUUAGUCAACCCUGAAGCGCUAGAGAAAGAGCAUGAACGUUUCGAAGAACGCGAUGAUUAUGUCAUCGUUCUGCGUGUCGUAACUCGAGAAGAAAUCAUGAAGUUCGCUGAAAGGACCAAGGAGAUCCGAGAAGCUCGCGAGCGCCAAUGGCAGGCUGAAUUGGAGGAACGACGACGAAAGAAAGAGAGAGGGCACGAGAGCAGCGACGACUAUUCCGACGAGGAGAGGAGAGCUCCUCUAGCAAUUGAGCAAGAGAAGCCUCUUCCGGGGCUACAGGGAGAUCCUCGGGCAUAUCUACAUCAACAACAACACCAACAACAGCCAUACAGACACGACCAUCAACAUGUCAUGGCCGGCGCCCCGGGUACGAUGCUCCCACAGCAAACUCCUGUGCAACCACCCUCCGUGCCGCCACAAGGAAUGCCCGUCCCCGAUAUAAGAGUCGAGCCAAUUGGAAACUACUCGUCUAACGUAUAGAGCAUUUACGAUAUUACGCCUGAACGAACCAAAGGGAGGAAUUGUGACCGCCAUCAACAAAGCAUUUUGAGCGUUACCUCAUUUCAAAUAUGAAUCAAUCUAUUGAUGAAGGAUUACUUUCUAUGUCGAUACCACAGCGAGAUGUCAUAUUGUAUUUGUGCAACGAAGCGCAAGAAUGUUGCACAACUUUCCAUUUAGACUCUGUGAAUGAACACACUUACAAUGAAAGUGGCACCGAGGCAUCCAGUGAAAGAAUGAUGAUGCAUAUAACUCAC